GUCACGUGCGCGGCGCAGGCGGCGGAGCGGCGCUGGAGUCCCGGGCCGCGCGCGACCCCCGCCCCGCGCGCCCCCGCGGCCCCGCGCGCGCCCCCGGCGGCGGCGGCGGGUCCAGGAUUCCAUAUUUGGGAGUUGCUGUUUAACCAUGUUUGCCAAUCUGGAAUUACCUGAAGUCCUAUUGCACAUCCCACAAUACUGAAGUUGUGAAAUUUGUUUUGAUCAAGUGGAAUACUUCUCAAGUCAUGUGCAGCAUGAUUCUGCCAGGAGCCCCCUUCUGUUUGUCCUAGUGGAGGAACAGCUUGGGCUCUGCCAUGGCCACCAUUUUCAGCUUCACACAGUUGGUCUCACAGAGCCCAAUACUGGGUCACCAGCAUCACCUUGACGUCUGAUAGGCUCCCAUUGUUGGAAACAAUGGUUUUGGAUGAUCUACCUAACUUAAAAGAUACAUAUGCCUCCUUGUACUCCUCAGCUAUGGAAGACUUAGAGGUGGAUUUUGAUUCAGGACUGGAGGAAGAUGAACUGAAACAGGAGGCUGCUUCUGGGGAUUCCACAAUCUUUGUAGCUUUUAAAGGAAAUAUAAGUGACAGAGAUUUUGAGCAGAAGCUGGAUACCAUACUGGAGAAUGUGCCUGGCCUUUUACACAUGGAGUCCAACAAGUUAAAAGUGCAGAAGAUAGAGCCUUGGAACAGCGUUCGUGUCACCUUCAACAUCCCCCGGGAAGCUGCCGAGCGGCUGCGAAUCCUGGCUCAGAACAACAACCAGCAGCUCCGAGACCUGGGCAUUCUGUCAGUUCAGAUUGAAGGGGAAGGUGCUAUCAACUUGGCUUUAGCCCAGAGCAGGAGCCAGGAUGUGCGGAUCAACGGGCCCCUGGGAGCCAGCACCGCCAUGCGCAUGGACACGGGAUUCCCCAUGCAGGGGGGGCAAGGUUUAAUAAGAAUGAGCAAUGCUGCAGCUGUCAUGAUGUCCCAGGGUGGAAAUGUGCCCUCCUCUAUGGUGGCAAGUGGUGCUAGUGCUGAGCUGCAGCCACGAACACCUCGGCCUUCCUCACAGCCAGAUGCAAUGGACCCACUCUUAUCUGGGCUAAAUAUGCAGCAACAAAAUCAUCCAUCUGGAUCUUUAGCUCCUCAGCUCCAUUCAAUGCAGUCAGUUCCUGUAAACAGGCAGAUGAACUCAGCCAGCUUUCAGCAGCUCCAGCAGCAGCAGCAGUUGCAGAAUCGGCCUCCCCAGCCACAUCAGCAGCCACAGCAGGGUAUUCGACCUUCAUUCACUUCACCAGCACAGGUUCCAGUUCCCCCUGGCUGGAACCAGCUUCCUUCUGGAGCACUUCAGCCUCCUCCAACCCAGGGAGCACUGGGUACAUUGACAGUAAACCAGGGCUGGAAAAAGGCCCCAUUGCCUGGACAAAUGCAGCAGCAGCUUCAAGCAAGACCAUCUCUAGCAACAGUACAAACUCCUACUCAUCCUCCACCUCCAUAUCCUUUUGGAAGCCAGCAAGCUUCUCAGGCUCACUCAAACUUUCCCCAGAUGAGCAAUCCUGGCCAGUUUACUGCUCCUCAAAUGAAAAGCCUUCAGGGAGGGCCCUCACGGGUUCCUACACCACUACAACAACCCCAUCUGACCAAUAAGUCUCCUGCUUCUUCUCCCUCCUCCUUCCAGCAGGGCUCUCCUGCCUCAUCUCCCACCGUUAACCAGACGCAGCAGCAGCUGGGACCAAGGCCUCCCCAGAGUAGCACUCUUCCCCAGGGAUUCCAGCAGCCUGUCAGUUCUCCUAGUCGUAAUCCUAUGGUGCAACAGGGGAAUGUACCCCCCAACUUCAUGGUGAUGCAGCAGCAAAACCAAGGUCCACAAGGUUUACACCCUGGUUUAGGAGGAAUGGCCAAGCGGCUCCCCCCGGGCUUCCCUGCAGGCCAGGCUAACCAGAACUUCCUGCAAGGCCAGGUGCCCUCCACGGCCCCAGGAGCGCCGGGGAACAGCGGAGCGGCGCCGCUGCCAGCCGGCCAGCCCGGGCAGCACCCAGGUGGCCAAGGAUCUGGACCUCCUCAAACUCAGAUGCAACCAGCACAUGGCCCACCAAAUAUGAUGCAGACCAAUCUAAUGGGACUUCAUGGAAAUAUGAACAACCAGCAGGCUGGUGCUAGUGGGGUGCCACAAGUUAACAUGGGCAACAUGCAGGGACAGCCUCAGCAAGGACCACAGUCCCAGCUUAUGGGGAUGCAUCAGCAAAUCGUGUCCUCUCAAGGACAGAUGGUGAACAUUCAGGCUCAGGGAUCGCUGAACCCUCAAAACCAGAUGAUACUUUCUCGAACUCAGCUCAUGUCACAAGGCCAAAUGAUGGUGACACCCCAAAACCAAAAUCUUGGUCCCUCUCCCCAGAGGAUGACCCCACCCAAACAGAUGAUUCCCCAGCAGGGACAGCAGAUGAUGUCCACACAUAAUCAGAUGAUGGGACCUCAGGGCCAGGUCUUGCUACAGCAAAACUCGAUGAUGGAGCAGAUGAUGAGCACUCAGAUGCAAGGAAAUAAACAGCCUUUUAAUUCUCAAAACCAGUCCAAUGUUAUGACGGGGCCAGCUCAAAUGAUGAGAGGACCAACCCCAAACAUGCAAGGAAACAUGGUUCAGUUCACUGGGCAGAUGAUGGCACAGCAGGGCCCCGUGAAUGGGAAUCCUUCUCAGGUGAUGGGAAUUCAGGGGCAAGUUUUACGACCCACAGGACCGGGUCCUCACAUCUCUCAGCAACUUGGGGAUACUGCAACCACAACAAACAACGAUGGCAACUUGACACAGAUGUUACCUGAGGUUCCUGUGCAGCAGCCAAACAUGGUGCCUUCUCAUAUGCAAGGAAUGCAAGGAAACAGCAAUGCUUCAGGCAGUCAUUUCUCUGGCCAUGGGCUGCCCUUCAAUACAGGGUUUAGUGGAACUCCCAAUGGGAAUCAGGUUUCCUGUGGGCAGAACCCUGUGUUUCCUGUCAAUAAAGAUGUGACGCUCACAAGUCCGCUCUUGGUUAACCUCCUCCAGAGCGAUAUCUCAGCAGGGCACUUCGGUGUGAACAACAAACAGAAUAACCAGAAUGCCAACAAGCCAAAGAAGAAGAAGCCUCCAAGGAAGAAGAAAAAUAAUCAGCAGCUAGAACAAACAACUUCUUCAGAAUCACGUCCAGCUGGCCUGGAGGAGAGUGAUCAGUCAUCAAUGUCUGGAGACCAAGGAAUGGGUUUAGAGAAGUCAGGCCCUAAACUCUCUGAUUUUGCAAGUAGGCCACCAGGUUAUCCAUCUCAGCCCGUGGAGCAAAGGCCCCUUCAGCAGAUGCCGCCUCAGCUCAUGCCACACGCGCAGCAGCCCCAGCCCCAGCAGCAGCAGCAGCCCCAGGCAGCCCCGCAGCAAGGCCAGGCACCCCCCCAGACACCACAGCAGCAGCAGAUGAUGAUGAUGCUGAUGAUGCAGCAGGAUCCCAAGUCAGUCAGGCUGCCUGUGCCCCAGGGGGUUCACACCCCCAGGGGCCCCCUGAACCCAGAUGCCCAGCGGAUGCCAAUGCAGCAGAGUGGGAACAUGCCAGUGAUGGUGAACCUCCAGGGGCCUGGACCCGUGCCUCCCUCUCCUGACAAGCAGAGGAUGGCCCUACCAGGCAACCUUCCUCUGGGAAAUAAUGCAAGAAAAAUGGUUUAUCCAGAUAACGUACAGAAUCCUUCUAGCUCGCCCCUCACAGAGGUGUCAUCAGUAGCCUCUCUUCCAGAAGGAGGUGGAGCUGAGGGCCCUCCAACAUCAGGAGCUCAGAAUAACGUGACAUCUCAUUUAGUAGUUUCACAGAACCAGUUAAUGAUGACAGGGCCCAAGCCUGGACCAUCCCCACUUUCGGCUGCCCAAGGUGCAAGUCCCCAGCAGCAGUCUAGUUCUCUGUCUAGUGCUCUUACACACCAUUUUCCAAAUGUUGCUGCCCCAUCACAAACAUCAAGGCCUAAAACCCCAAACAGAGCUAGCCCAAGGCCAUAUUACCCUCAGACUCCUAACAACCGUCCACCCAGCACAGAACCCUCAGAAAUUAGCCUGUCUCCAGAGAGGCUUAAUGCCUCUAUUGCUGGGCUGUUCCCUCCUCAGAUCAAUAUUCCUUUACCUCCCAGGCCUAAUCUCAAUAGAGGAUUUGAUCAGCAAGGUCUGAAUCCCACCACUUUAAAGGCCAUUGGACAAGCCCCAUCAAAUCUCACAAUUAACAAUCAGUCCAGUUUUACUGCCUCACAGUCACACAAAUUGGAAGGUGUGGUCAUUAAUUCAGGCAAACAAACCAAUGCUGGAGGAACAAAGAGAGCAAGCCCAAGCAAUAGUCGAAGGUCCAGUCCUGGGUCCAGUAGGAAAACUACACCAAGCCCUGGCAGACAGAAUUCAAAAGCAGCUAAAUUAUCAUUGACAACUCAGCAGAAUCCAUCUCUCUUGCAGAACAUGGAAUUACAGAGAAAUAUGGUGGCUAGUCCCUCUUCUUUGCCGACACCUGUGACCACAAGUUUUCAAAAUAACUCCAUGCUAAGUAACCAGAAUCCUGCAGUUUCUGUACCUGCUGUGACUGGCAUUCCUGAAGACAAUAAGGAGAGCCUUAGUGUGCCUCAAGAUACUGAGAGUCAAAGUGCACAAGGUGCCCUAGGUAGCAAGGACCAGCCCAGUAUGGAACUGAAAAGUGUCCCUACUCCAGAAAUGAAAGUGCUUGUUCCUGAGGAGCAGGCAAAAAAAGAUGGGCAAGCACCAGACAGCAGUAAGCUCCCAGCCAUGGAGGAAAGUAAAGCCAUGGUAUCUCCAGCCAUGAGGGAGGCACCAACUUCUCUAAGUCAACUUCUUGACAAUUCUGGAGCUCCUAAUGUGACCAUUAAGCCCCCUGGGCUGAGUGGUCUUGAAAUGGCACCAAUAGUCUCCAGUGGUGAGGAGCUAAAGAAGAUAGCUGUCAUUCCUCCACUGCAGGAUUCAUCCUUGAACAAGGAGCCCUCGAAUUCACUUAGCCUGACUCAAAAUAACGAGCCCUGUCCAAAUCCAGGGCACCAGGAGCUGGGAGAAGUAAAUGCAAGUGUGGCACAGAGUGUUGCUCCGGUAAUGCAGAGGCCUGUUAGCUCUUCUAUUUCGGGUCCUUUACCUCCCAACCAGAUAACAGUUUUUGUGACUUCUAACCCUAUUACAUCUGCUGCUAAUACAUCAGCUCCGUUGCCAUCCCACUUGCAAUCUGCAUUAGUGUCUACUGUUGUCACCAUGCCCAACGUGGGGAGCAAAGUGAUGGUGUCCGAGGGACAGUCAGGGGCCCAGUCCAACACCCGGCCGCAGUUCAUCACACCUGUGUUUAUAAACUCAUCCUCCAUCAUCCAAGUGAUGAAGGGCUCUCAGUCCAGCACGAUUCCAGCAGCCCCCAUGACUUCUAACUCAAGUCUGAUGCCUCAGUCGGUUGCGGUUGUUGGUCCUUUGCAUAUCCCACAGAAUAUCAAGUUUUCCUCCGGGCCCACUCCUCCCAGCACCUCAUCCACCAGUCCUGUGUCCAGUAUUCCCACCAGCAGGUCACUCGUUCUGAAUCCCUUGGCAUCUCCUGUCCAGCUGCCUUCCACUCCAGCUCCUUCCAGUGUUCCUUCACAGCUCCCUGCUCAGCAAGCCAAGGACUUCAGCCCAGAGGAGACUUCCCAAGGGGCAGGCUCGGGUGAGCAGUGCCCUGUGCCAGCAGCCCAGUCGGGACCUGUUGUUUCCUCUCUGCUUACAAGCAGCCCGGGCUCUGGGAAUAGGCGCAGUCCUGUUUCAUCCAGCAAGGGAAAGGGAAAGGUAGACAAGAUUGGCCAGCUCCUGCUGACUAAAGCGUGCAAGAAGGUCACAGGCUCCCUGGAGAAAGGGGAGGAGCAGUACGCUUUGGAUGCAGAAACAGAAGGUCAGGGACUAGAAACGUCGGUCCCAAAUAGUUUGGGAACAGAGCAACCCCCGGCAGAACUCGAUAACAAAAGCGGGACCCCUCCAGCACCCGGUGUCACAAAACAGAGCACUUCUGGGCCCAGCAGCUCGAGCCUCAGCCCCGCGGCGGGCGCUCCCUCCUGCGCGUCCCCGGGCGCGGCCCCGAGCGCUCCCGGCCCCGGCGCGUUCCCGGCCGGAGCGGCCCCGGCCGGAGCGGCCCCGGAGCCCGCGGGCCCCGGCGGCAGCCCCGGCGCGGGCCCGGAGCCCAGCGGCAGCGGCGCGGCGCAGGAGGAGCCCGCGGCACCCCCGGAGCUGCUGCAGAGCGCAGCAUCCUCUCAACAUUUAACACAGAAAAAAAGUUCAGUUGCAACAUCAGAAAGUACUGUUCAAAGAACAGAACUUGAGACAAAUGCUGCAGUAGUUGCUGGUCAAAGUAAUGAGACAAAAGAGAAUUGUGAAAAGUCUAAAACUCCAAGUAGAAGAAAUUCAAGAACAGAGGAUUCUGCCGCUUCACAGGAAACUGUAGAGAACGGGCAGCGCAAGAGAUCCUCGCGACCCGCGUCCGCGUCCGGCACGGCUAAAGAAAUGUGUUGCUGUUGGAAGGACCAUGCUGAGAUCAAAAAGUGACAUUUUCCUUUUCCUGAAGCCUGAAAGUCUUCCCAAGUGCACGGUCAGUUCUUGCCAAGUCAGAUGCCAUGGUUCAGGCAUACUCCAGAGGUUGCUGAGGUGGCAGCCAGGAGCCCCAGGGAGUGCUGUGUGCUAGCACAGAGCCUCAGCUCUGCUCCACAACAACAUCUGAACUCCUGGAGUUAUUAACCCAUGGCAUUAGCAGGUGCUGACGUACCUUACUCCUACCCAGGUUACAGUCUUUAACAGUUAUGCAGCAUUUGUGUGAUAUGCACGGCCUAGUGCCAGGCUGAAGCUAAUUCUGUCAGCUUCUUGUGUUUAAGGGUCAGAAAAAUGCUGAUGGACCAAAGUUGUACAAGAGAGUAGAGAGAGACCGUCAAGAGGCAACAUCCAACCACUAUUUUAAAGAUAAUAUACAGAACAAAGAGGUACUAAUAUAAAGUGAUUAUAAAAGGAAGUCAAGUUGAAUUCAGCCACCAUUUCUAUACUGGAGGUACUGAGGCGUGGUGCUAAGAAUUGUGUGUUGUCAGAGUUUCAGAGAAGCAUUCCAGCUUUACGGCAUUGUGCAAUGACUCCCAAAGAUUACACAGGGGACCUAUAUGUUCUGCACUUUUGUGACUGCUGAAUUUAAUUAUAGUUACUUCUUGUGGCAGGACUGUGCAGAAGAAUCUGAGUCUGUAUUGUAAAAAUAAAUUCUCUUUCAUGAUUGUGAAAAAAAGUUUGAAAAAUGUGAAGCCAGUGUAAAAUCCCUGCCUGCGUUUGAGGGGAUCUGGAGUGUGUGACCUGCCCCACAUGCUGUACUGGGUAAACCUAAAGAUGACAACCAGUGCCACUUUGAGUUCUGAAAAUGUGGGAACGGGAAAGUGCUUGAAGUUUAAAUGAUACCAAAACUCUCACAGGGGUUUGCUGACUGUGUAAUUCAUUUACCUCUGUAAAUAGAACCUGUGGUUUUAAGUCACGCGUGUGAAGCUGCCACAGUGUCCAGGGGCUUUGCUGGACACUUGGGUGCAGUCUGCAGGGGACAUCUGGCUGUGCUGCCUUACUGUGAGCACACAGCUGCUCCUGAGCUGUGGAGAAUGAGCCAAACCAGCUGCUCUGCACACGCUGCACCUUAGUGGGGUGGCCACAGGUGUGUCAGCUGGUUUGUCACCUGUGUCUGCUCUGUUGUGUAUUUUUGCUAGGGAAUCAGAGCUUAAUUAUUCUGGUUUGGUUGCUCCUGUCCUCAUGUUAUCUGUGUCCUGAGAAACCCCCUAAUCCAUGGUAAAAGGAAUAUGGGGCUGAGAGGAGUUAUCUCUUGAAAUAGAGGCUGUUUAAAGUCAUCAUUAGGAAAAAUAAAUCAGCAGGGAGAGACCAGCUGGAGUAGGAACUUGGUUGCUAAGCCUGGGGAAGGAGGGGGCAGAGGAGUCACUGUGAGAGAAGAGGAGAGCACACAGGGAGGGUCAGCCCUGUCCAGCUGUGUCCAGCACACUCCAGGUGCAGGGUUUGGGAGGUGCUGGUCAUGCUCCCAGGGGACUGAGACAAGGGCUGGGUGCUGCUGGCCCACUCCCCCUCUCAAACACGGAGCCUUGGGCAGCAACAGGGGUGGCAGCAGCUGCUGCUGAAGCUACUUCAGAGUCAGUCCUGGUGCUUGAAAACUGGUACUGUACUGGUGUUUUCCCUUUUUGGAGUGCUUUUCCAGCAAGGGCUGCUUUUAGCAUUUACUGUACCUUUGAGUUUGUUACAUUUUGAAAUGUUGAUUGUUUUUUCUAAUUCCACAUUGUAACAGCUGUGGAGUUGUACUGCUGCUAUUCUAAUUUUAGAUGGGCUUGGAAAUUUUUUUCCCUUUUGACUCUUAAAAUACACACAGCUACAAUAGUUUUUGGAAAACAUUAUGAAGAGCCAAAGAGACAUUGCCAACAUUUAAAAUCACAUUUUUAAAAAGAUCUAAAGAUGCAAAUGCCUUUGGUCCUUACUCUUUUUUGUUUUGAAAUGGAAACUUAGUGCCUUGGUAAGUGCACUGGACAUGUCAUCUGCUGUCACCAUGGCCCUGCAGGUGUUAACAUUUGUGUCUUUUUGCAUCAGCUGUGUUCCUGUGACUCAGUGUACCCUGCAGAGACUUGUUUUGAAUGACUUUCUGAGAGCUCAGACAAGCUGGGGUGUGACUGGCAUGGGCAGAGUGGUUGUGUAGCACCAUCUCCUCCUGGGACACAGCUCCCCUGUGGCACUAGGGGACGGUUACAAAAUGUGGCUCUUCUUCCCAAGGCUGCCCUGUGCCCUUUGCACCUCGUGUGUGUCGGGCCCGGGGUGCCUCAGUGCUCAGGAGUCUGUCCUGUGUGGGGAAAUCCUGCUCUCCAGAGCACACACUCUGCUGUGAGGUUGGAGAAAUGGCAGGGCAAUCUGCCCCUCUGGGGAAUGGCUUACCGACUGCGUAUCCAUGCUUGUUUUCUUCUCUUGAUUUCAGAAACGAGUGCCAGUGCAAUGCAGUCAAAAAGAAGAAAAUCCAAGUAAAUUACUGCAUGGAAACAUGAGACUUGUAAAUGAGUGUGAAUUUACCAAUAGCAAUUUUGAGCUGUGAUUUUUCUUUUUUUAAUAAAAUUCUGUACAGUAAGUAAUUUUAAUAUUAUACUGUUCCCAAUAAAUGAUUUUUUUUUCUAAAAAACAGAUAAAUAGAUAUAAAAACUGGGUUCUUCUAAAACCGCCUGGAUUUGCAAAGUGAAGUCAGGGUUAGCACAUUAGGGUAAUGUGUUUGUAUGAAAUGGAAGGGGAGGGGAAGACAAUUGUAAAUUUAUUUGUUUCCACUUUUCAUAAACAAUUUAGAAUACAGGGUUGUCAUUUUUAGGUAUUAAAAUAAUGUAAUGUGCUGUUGUUUAAGUACUGUAUGUGAAUAGCAGUCAAGGGGUUUAUAAACAAAUCCCAUGUUGUUUGGAAAUGUAAAUAAUUUUAUUAUAUAGUAGACCUGAUGUAUUUGUUGUAGAAAUGGACCAGUGAAACAAAAAAUAAAUUUAAGGGUUUGUAUAAUGUUCCAUUCAUGCUCCAAAUAAAUGUUAUUGUCCUGUAAA